UUGUAGGGCUCAGGGAAAUGGGGGACGGUGGGAACUGGGAACCUGUUGGUCUUGCAGUCUGCUAGCACAGAGACGAUGGGCUGAGUGGCCAGUUCCCAUGGAACCAUUCUGUUAUGUUUUAGUCACGGUGAGGCUGGGAUGAGGACUUUGAACAGCGCUUGAAACGAAUACAUGGCCCCGGAACUCUACCUGAUCCCGGUAAAUCAGAGCACGGCGCUAGCUGCAGCUGCGCAGUGUGGCCUGGGGGCGCGCAGCGUUAGCGGGUGUCCGCUGCUUGUUCGCUCCCGCUGCAGCUCGCACCCGCGCCUUCAGUCCCUGAUACAAAGUUACAGAGCGAGCCGCCACCGCAGCUACAUUGUAUCCGCCGGGAGGGAGUGACCGAGGAUCGGCUCUGGCCCCGCUCAGGGUUCCUCCGUGGCCUGGGAGCGUGCUCCAGCCCAAAACAUUGCUCCCAGCAGCAGUGAUUCCCCGGACCCUCGCCCCCGCGUUGGAUCUACUCCGCUUCAAACCGGACUCGCUUUCCACUCCACCCCCAUCCCAUCGAGCUCACUCCACAUUCCCUCUGUCCCUCAUUCCCUCUCUCCCUCACCCCUUCCAUUUUUCAUCCCUUCCCUUACACUUUCACUCCGUCACUCCUUGCUUCUACAUUUACUAUUCUUCUGUCCCCCCCGCCUUAUUUACCUUUGUGACCCCUCUCCCCUCCCCUCCCCCACGAUAUUGUGACUGUGUUCUCACGAAACCUGACUGCAGGAUGGAGGAGUGGAGGCAGUGUGGCCGCUGGCUCAUUGAUUCCAAGGUGUUACCCCCAAAUCACCGUGUAGUGUGGCCAGCGGCUCAGGUCUUUGACUUGGCGCAGGCUUUGAGGGAUGGGGUACUGCUGUGUCAACUUCUGCACAACCUGAGCCCUGGUUCCAUUGAACUGAAGGACAUCAAUUUCAGACCACAGAUGUCACAGUUUUUGUGCCUGAAGAACAUCCGGACAUUCCUGAAAGUUUGUCACGAUAAGUUUGGCAUGAGGAACAGUGAACUCUUCGACCCGUUUGACCUGUUUGAUGUGAGGGACUUUGGGAAGGUUAUCUCAGCGAUCUCCAGAAUCUCCCAUCAUGCAGCUGUCCAGUGCAAAGGCAUCAGGCCUUUUCCUUCAGAGGAGACUGCAGUGGAUGAUGAUGUUUAUCGCAGCCUGGAGGAACUGGCAGAUGAACAUGACGUGGGAGAUGAUAUCUACGACUGUGUCCCAUGUGAGGACGAUGGCGAUGAUAUCUACGAAGACAUCAUCAAAGUGGAAGUUCGGCAACCCAUGAAGUUGGGGAUGACCGAGGAUGAUAAAAGGAACUGCUGCCUACUUGAGAUCCAAGAAACUGAGGCCAAGUAUUACAAAACCCUCGAAGACAUUGAGAAAAAUUACAUGAUCCCUCUAAAGGCUAUCCUCACUCCCCAUGAAAUGGAGGCUAUAUUCAUCAACCUUGAGGAAUUAAUUUGGGUGCAUUACAAUUUACUGAGAGCCAUUGAUUUGGCAGCAAUCUCAGGAGGGAACACACUCUACAAAGUCUUUCUGGAUUUCAAAGAACGGCUGUUGAUUUAUGGCAAAUAUUGCAGUCAGAUGGAAAAUUCCCAAAAGACAUUGGAUCAACUCCUGUCUUCCCGAGAGGAAAUCCGGAGUAAAAUUGAGGAAUGCACCCUGAAAGUUCAGGAUGGGAAGUUUAAGCUGCAAGAUCUGCUGGUGGUACCUAUGCAACGAGUGUUGAAGUAUCACCUUUUACUGAAGGAGCUGCUCAGCCACUCGAGUGACCGUCCAGAGAAGCAGCAGCUGAAGGAAGCAUUAGAGGCGAUGCAGGAUCUGGCAAUGUACAUCAACGAAGUUAAGAGGGAUAACGAGACCCUGAAGAAGAUCUCAGAAUUCCAGUGCUCGAUAGAGAAUCUGCACACAUCUCUGACAAAUUAUGGGAGACCAAAGAUUGAUGGUGAAUUAAAAGUCUGCUCCAUAGUUAACCGAACAAAACAGGAUCGAUACUUGUUUCUGUUUGAUAAGGCAGUGAUUGUGUGUAAGAGGAAAGGAUAUAACUAUGAGCUAAAAGAGACCAUUGAUCUACAGGCUCAUAAAGUAACUGAUGAUCCAAUGAACAACAAGGACUUACGAAAGUCUCAUGGCAAGAUGUGGUCCUACGCCUUCUAUUUAAUUCACCUUCAGGGGAAGCAGGGAUUCCAGCUGUUCUGUAAAACAGAGGAGAUGAAGAGGAAGUGGAUGGAGCAGUUUGAAAUGGCAAUGUCAAAUAUUAAACCUGAGAAAGCGACAGCAAAUUACCACAACUUCCAAAUGACGACUUUUGAUAAAUUCACCAACUGCAAGGCAUGUCGAAUGUUGUUGAGAGGGAUCUUUUUCCAGGGCUACCUCUGUUCCAACUGCGGUGCUGGAGCCCACAAAGAAUGCCUGGAGACAGCAGCACAAUGCAAGCUCAAUUUACCAGCGGAUGAUUUGGACGGAGGACAGCCAGUGGCAGCAGGUCCCAGAAUGCUGGCCAUUCGUGCAUUCCAGGGAACACCUCCACCCCCUGUGGGGAAACCGGUUCUCAGCUUCCAGACUGGAGAAGUCAUCGAACUGCUGAAAGGAGAUCCGGACUCACCGUGGUGGGAGGGAAAGGUCAUUCAAACCAAGCGGUCUGGUUGGUUCCCAGGCUCCUAUGUGAAGCCUUGUCCGGUAGACUCACGGCAUUUUAUUAAACCACCUUCAAAAGAACCUGACUACAGCAUCUACCCAUGGUUUGCGGGUAACCUGGAGCGAGGGCAGGCCGACAAUCUCCUAAAAGCUCACAUUUCUGGGACAUAUCUUAUCCGUGAGCGGACAGCAGAGGCUGAAAGAUUUGCAAUUAGUAUUAGGUUUAAUGAUGAGGUGAAGCACAUUAAGGUUGUUGAGAAGGACAAUUGGAUCCACAUCACUGAGGCUAAGAAGUUUGAGAGUCUCCUGGAGCUGGUAGAGUAUUACCAGACCCACUCUCUGAAAGAGAGCUUCAAACAACUAGACACAGCUUUACGUUUUCCAUACAAGCAACGAGACAAGGCAGUUCAGCGUUCAAAUUCUCGGACUUCAGCAUCCUCCUCCUCUUCCUACAACUUUGCUUUUCUUAGUCCUCAGGGCUUCAGUGUUGCGUCUCAGAACUCUGCUCCUUUCUGGUCAGUGUUUAACCCCCGACCCAUUGGCAUGGCAACAGCACGAUAUAACUUUGCAGCUCGUGAUAUGCGUGAGCUGUCACUUCAGGAAGGAGACACUGUGAAGAUCUUCAAUAAGAUCGGGGGUGACCAGGGCUGGUGGAAAGGUGAAGCAAAUGGAAAGGUUGGCUGGUUUCCUUCAACAUACGUUGAUGAGGAAGGGAUGCCGUGAUUGGUCGCUGAGACCUCACUUUCUCUACAGGGACCGUUUAUUUUGCACAUUCCAACAUCCAGGAUCCAGAAUCUGAUCCUUGUUCUCGGGCUGAUGGCAAAUUAGUUUUCAGCAAACUUCCGGCUUUUUAGAGAUGACUCUUCUAACGAUUUUUGGAUUGGUUAUCAAAAGAUUCCCUAUGUUGUAUAUAAAUUCUUUGUUUAGAACAACCAAUCAGAACUGGAGUAAUGUUCAGGUGAUUGUGGAGGGCUGUAUAUGAGUGUUUGAAUGUCUGGUGGACAAUGUGUGUUUGUACAUGAGGUGUGCCUGUGAGUGAAUGUGUGAGGGGGACAUGGCACAUAAGAACCCUUUCUAAAAGUCAUUUGUAAUUAUUUUACCCAGUAGCAAUGCCACAAUGUAUGUGAAUAUUUUAAGAAAUGUUUUUAGGCUUAUGCCAGUGUAUAUAUUUGGAUUUAUUGUGGGUUAAAUGGAAUUAUAGUUUAAAAUUAUCACUCAAUUUGUUUUGGAAUGAAUUGAAAAUGUAAAUUGGUACAAUUAUUUGCACUGGCUAACACACAGAAAGCAGCUGGUUUGAAGAGACUGGGAGAAUCUGUGUUGCUGCUUGGAGUUGGGGAGCGGGGAAAGGUUUCGGCACAAGUCACAGCACUCUCACUGCACUGGGAGUAUACUGAGGCCGAGAAGCUGAUCAAACCGUGAUUGCAUUUCAAAGACUGUACCUUUCACAAAACAGGAAAUAAA